UCUUCCGUUCCUCCCUUACCGUCUUUGGAGUUCACAGAUUCGGGGGGCAUCCUUUUGCCCCCUUCGGAGCCCCUUGUGUUUGAUUUCCGACCAAGGAACCGCGCUAGAGGUGAUCUAGGGUUUUUCAGUAGCUUUGGGAAUGAAUUCGGAGGAGAGCUCCAAAUCGAGGUUGGAAGAGCUGGGAGGGGAAAACAGAAGUGAAACCACUGUAAAGAUGGCUCCUUUGAGUGAAAUUAACGCGGAGUUUGGCGGUGAACUGGGCGGUGAAGAGCCUUCUGGGAUCGAUUCUCCGAUUGGGACAGGAGGUGCAGAUCAAAUUUGGGAGGAGAAGGGUAAUGUUUCUCCUGGCGAAGCAGCGGUUUCCUCUCCAGGGGCUGUGAAGGUUAAUAGGGAUCCCGUUGGAGGAGAGUUUUUGGCCGAGUCACCUUCCAAUUCGAUUGGAUCUCCUUCGAGUGCAGCGGCGGAGGUGGUGGCAUCGAAGUUGGCACCUUCAAAAGGUUUUGGAUUGAAGAAGUGGAGGAGAAUUAGGAGAGAUUUGAAUAAAGAUAUAACAGGCUGUGCUGAUACAGCUCAGAUUCUGAAGCGCAGACUUUCACUUGCGGAGCCAUCAAAAGCUCAUGAAGACAACAAGCACAAGAGUGAUGGCGAGGACGAGGUUGAGGGUGAAGGUUCAGUUGCUUCAUCGGUGUCCAUGAACAUUGGAGGGCCUCCCUUUGUAGUUGCCCCCACUACAUUAGAUCCAGAGCUUGGUUUAUUAGUCACUGCUACUGGUUUCAAUAUCGGCAUAGAAUCUGAGAGCAGUGAUGAUCAUGGUAGUAAGUCAUCGACAGCUGCGAGUGCUCUAAGGCUGCGGCAUGAAACGGUUGGUUUUGGGAGGGACAGAAGUAGGGCACGAAAUGUUAUUGGAAGAGUACCAGGGCAUGUUGUACAACAAAGAGGUCAGCGGGCAAAAGGAGUUAGAGCCGAUGUUAAGAAAAUUACAGAAAACCAAGUUAAGAUCGAGAUGGAGAACUCCUAUUCUGACUUGCAGAGUUCAAAUGUGGCUGUUUUUUGUACGAAUAGCAUGGCUAGUAAUGGGAAGCAGAGUGAGAAAUCUGUGAACUAUUGCGGUGAACAGAGUGAUGAUGCUCAGCCAAGUGUAGAAGUCAGAUCAGGUUUCUUCAAAGAGAAUGGGGGCAUUGGAGACGUACUGAGGGAUGAUUUGGAUGGCGAGUAUUCAGGGGGUGAGAAUAAGUCUAAAAGUCAGCCACUGUCGGAUCUUGAUCCCUUUCUAGAGUCAAUUGAUUCUCUCCAAGCAAUAAAAGAAGCACUAGAAAAUGAGAUUCAAAAUUUUUGGGAAAUUGGGAAAGACGUGUUACCUGAUGAUUAUGGUGGCCAAUAUGAAGAAACAGAAGGUAGUAGUUCCCCAGCUGUUGAAGUGAAUUUGGUUGAACAGAAUGAAAAGAUAGAGCAUCUAGAGUGCAAGUUGGGAGAAGCUUUAGCGGUUGUCAGGGCCAAGGAAACAAAGAUACUUGAGCUUGAAGCAGUCCUCAACAGGACAGAGCGGCCAAACAAGGAAUCAGAUAGCACCGACCUGUUGUUCUUUCAAGAGAAAUGCAGGGACAUGGAGACGGAGCUUGAGAACCUGCUUGAGAAGAAGAUAGAGGUAGAAAUCAAAUACACAAUCCUGGCGAGAACUACACAAAUUUGGAGAGUUCUAGAAGAAGAUCACAUUGCGCUUUUAGAGGAGCAGAAAUCUCCAUCCGGGGAUCAGCUGAAGAUGAUGUGUGAAGUGGAGAAUGCUGAAAAUAAGACUGUCCUGUCUAGGGGAGGAGCUGAGGAACUAGAGAAGGAUCUGUCAGCGGCCGAAGAGGUCUUGAAGCUCCAGAGGAUAGCGUACAAGUACUCUCUCUGUUUUUGUGUCCAGAUCAUACUAUUGUGUAUUGCUUUUGGGUUGUUUCUCAUGCAGUUAUUUCCGUCAUCAAGUGGGGUUGCACCCACGUAAUCACAACCCAGUCUACUUUUAAUGUGUCACAUGAGAUAUUUCUGUGCACUAUGCUCUUAGGCAAAUACGAACGUGCCUUUUGUUUCACAAAUCCUUUUGAACCCUUGGAGUUAGUAUCUUUGCUUAGGGAAGUGGUCAUAUAUUUGUUUAACAAGUUCUUGAUUCUGUCAGUACAUAUUUUCACUGUAUUUGCUUGACUAACUGGUCUAGCUUAUGUAUGAUAUUUUGGUGAGAGAAAGUUGGAUGUGUUCAUGAUA